CUCCAUCGCCGCCGAUCGGUGGGUUUAUUUCAAGUCUACGAAGAAGAAGAAGCGGGGAGAACCGAUUCGUGAUCUCGGGAUGCUCUGGAUCAUGCGUUUCUCCGGCUUCUUCUCCGUCGCCAUGGUUAUGAUCGUCCUCUCACCGUCGCUCCAGUCAUUCCCUCCCGCCGAAGCCAUCAGAUCCUCCCACCUCGACGCCGACCUUCGCUUCCCGGCGUCGCUCCUCCAGCCUCAGCGUUUCUCCUUCAGGAAGGCCCCACCGUUCCGCAAUGCCGCCGAUUGCGCCGCCGCCGACGGAGACUCCGGCGUCUGCAACCCUUCAUUGGUCCACGUCGCCAUCACUCUCGAUGUCGAGUACCUCCGCGGCUCCGUCGCCGCUGUCCAUUCCAUUCUCCGGCAUUCUGCCUGCCCCGAGAGCGUUUUCUUCCAUUUCCUCGUCUCCGAAACGGACCUCGAAUCCCUGGUUCGUUCCACUUUCCCCGAAUUGAAGUUUAAGGUUUACUAUUUCGACUCUGAGAUUGUGCGGAGAUUGAUCUCCACGUCGGUGAGGCAAGCGCUUGAGCAACCGUUGAAUUACGCUCGGAAUUAUUUGGCUGACCUCUUGGAACCUUGCGUGCGGCGAGUGAUCUACCUGGAUUCCGAUCUCAUCGUAGUCGAUGAUAUAGCAAAGCUGUGGAGGACGCGAUUGGGUUCGAAAACGAUCGGGGCGCCGGAAUACUGCCACGCCAACUUAACCAAAUAUUUCACCCCGGCGUUCUGGUCGGAGGAGAGGUUUUCCGGCGCGUUCAGUGGGAGAAAACCGUGUUAUUUCAACACGGGAGUGAUGGUGAUGGAUCUGGGGAAAUGGAGGCGCGUGGGGUACACGAAGCAGAUAGAGAAGUGGAUGGAGAUACAGAAGAGGAAGAGGAUAUACGAGCUGGGGUCGCUGCCGCCGUUCCUGCUGGUAUUCGCCGGAGAAAUAACGCCGAUCGAGCACAGGUGGAACCAGCAUGGCCUCGGUGGGGACAACGUGAGGGGAAGCUGUCGGGACAUGCAUCCCGGUCCGGUGAGCUUGCUGCAUUGGUCGGGAAGUGGAAAGCCAUGGCUAAGGCUGGACUCGAAACGGCCAUGUCCACUCGACACCCUCUGGGCACCGUACGACUUGUAUGGACACUCGCGCUGAUUCAUCUUCGGUAACUUUACGGCUUGCCCCAUUAUUCUUUUUCUUUUUUUCGUUGAUUUUUCGAUUUGGGAUUUGGUGUUCCUCGAUUAUUUCCCUGCCCUUUCUUCCUCUGUAUUCCUAUUCAAUUGUUAUGUGACAUGAAAAUAAAAGUGAAAACCCAGAGAUUACAUUCGGA